CAGAAUGACAGAGCACGAGGACUUUGCAAACUUGGCUCAGUACUGGAACUCCUCCGACAAUUACCAGUUCAGCCCUACCAGGGUCAUUGUCCCUGUGGUCUUCUCCCUCAUCUUCGUCCUGGGCACAGUAGGCAACAGCCUGGUGCUGGCUGUGCUGCUGCACAAUGGGCAAAUGGGCCACAACACCACCAACCUCUUCAUCCUCAACCUCAGCCUGGCCGACUUCUUCUUCAUCGUCUUCUGUGUGCCUUUCCAGGCCACCAUCUACUCGCUCGAGGGAUGGGUCUUUGGCUCCUUCAUCUGCAAGGCUGUCCACUUCUUCAUCUACCUCACCAUGUAUGCUAGCAGCUUCACUCUGGCCGCUGUCUCUGUGGACAGGUACCUGGCCAUCCGCUAUCCGCUGCGCUCCCGGGAGCUGCGCACCCCCCACAAUGCAGUGGCUGCCAUGGCUGUGAUCUGGGGCCUCUCCGUGGUCUUUGCUGGGCCCUACCUAAGCUACUAUGACCUGAUUGAGUGGGAGUCCAGCUACAUCUGCAUGCCUGUCUGGGAGGAGUGGAGACGUAAGGUCAUGGACACCAGCACAUUUGCCUUUGGCUAUGUCAUCCCAGUACUGGUCAUCAGCCUCUCCUACACCAGGACCAUCAAGUUCCUGUGGACAGCAGUGGACCCCCUGGAGGACAUAUCAGAGUCCAAGAAGGCCAAAAGGAAGGUAACCAAGAUGAUCAUCAUUGUAACCAUCCUUUUCUGCCUGUGCUGGCUGCCCUACCACGUAGUCAUCCUCCGAUACCUCUAUGGAGACUUCCCCUUCAACCAGGCCACCUACGCCUUCCGCCUGCUCUCCCACUGCAUGGCCUAUGCCAACUCCUGCCUCAACCCCAUCGUCUAUGCCCUGGUCUCCAAGCACUUCCGCAAGGGCUUCAAGAAGGUUUUCAGCUGCCUCUUGAGGAAAAAGCACCGCAACAAGGUGCAUCUGGUGCACGCUGCCCACACUGUACCUGGAUUUGAGGCAGGUUCCACUGAAGUGUCCCAGAUGCAUGAGGGGAUUAACAGGUACGAGCUGAACCCAACCUCCAUGGCAGCCACGGGUGGGUCCUCCAAGCCUCUUCGUGUUUCUUAGUGACCAAGCUCCAUACCAUCUGCCAGCUUGGCUGUGCCACCAGCUUCAGGCCAC